AUGCUUUCAGUUUUCACCAAAACAGCCAGAUCAAAGGCUUUACAAGCUAACAGCAGAGUUGCUUUAAGAUACUUACAAGCUUCAAAAUUGUCAACUUUACAAUUACCACCAGUUCCAACUGCUCACGCUACCAAAGAAACUGAACCAUACUUCACUUCAACUUAUAUCAAUGGUCAACAUUACAAAUCUGAUGCCACUGAAUGGUUCGAUGUUUAUGAUCCAGCUACUGACAUUGUUGUUGCCAAAGUUCCACAAUCAACAGAUGCUGAAUUAAACCAAGCUAUUGAAACUGCUGAAAAAGCUUUCCAAUCAUACAAAAACCUUUCAAUUAUGAAAAGAUUAACUUUAACUUUCAACUAUGUUGAAUUAUUAAAGAAAAACACCGAUAGAUUAGCUGCUACUAUUGUCUACGAACAAGGUAAAUCAUGGAGUGCUGCUAUUGCUGAUGUUCAAAGAGGUAUCCAAUGUGCUGAACAUGCUACCACCGUCACCAAAGAAACUGAAGGUUUCUCAUUAGAAGUUUCAAAUGAUAUGACUUCCCACACCAUCAGAGAACCAAUUGGUGUUAUUGGUUCAAUUAUGCCAUUCAACUUCCCAGUUAUGAUUCCAUUAUGGACUAUUCCAUACAUCAUUGCUACUGGUAACACUACUGUUAUCAAACCAUCAGAAAUGUGUCCAGGUACUGGUGCUAUCUUAGCUGAAAUCGCUAAAGAAGCUGGUGUUCCAGAUGGUGUUAUCAACAUUGUUCACGGUAAAGCUCCAACUGUUAACAAAAUUGUUAGUGAUCCAAGAAUCAAAGCUGUUACAUUCGUUGGUGGUAACAAUGCUGGUAAAUACGUUUACACUGAAGCUACCAAAAACGGUAAAAGAGCUCAAGUUAACUUAGGUGCUAAAAACCAUGUUGUUGUCUUACCAGAUGCUGACAAACAAACUUUAUUAAAAGGUGUUGUUGCCGGUGCCUUCUCUUCAACUGGUCAAGUUUGUUUAUCAACUGAUAUCUUAUUCUUAGUUGGUGAAGCUAGAAAAUUCAUCCCAGAUAUUGUUGAAACCGUUAAAGCUUUAGAAACUAAACCAGGUUUCCAAGAUGGUGAUUUCGGUCCACUUGUCACCAAACAAUCAUUAGAAAGAUUAGAAGCUGUUAUCCAAGAUGCUGUUGACCAAGGUGCUGAAGUCUUAGUUGAUGGUAGAGGUAAAAAACCAGCUGGUUUCGAAGAUGGUUACUUCAUUGGUCCAACCUUAUUAAGAAACGUUAAGAAAGGUAUGAGAUGUGUUGAUGAAGAAUUAUUCGGUCCAAUCUUCACUAUUGUUGAAGCUGAUUCAUUAGAUGAAACUAUUGAUUACUGUAACAACAAUGAAUUCGGUAACUCAGUUGCUGUUUUCACCAACUCAGGUCCAGCUGCUAACAGAUUCGCUAAAGCUAUCAACAUUGGUCAAGUUGGUAUCAACGUCCCAAUUCCAAUUCCAUUAGCUCAAUUUGGUUUCACCUCAAACAAAGCUUCAUUCUUAGGUGACUUACACUUCUACGGUCCAUCAGCCUUCAAAUUCUUAACUCAAGCUAAGACCAUCACUACUUCAUGGAAAGGUAUUGACUACAAAUAA